UAGCUCCUAACUAGAACGACAGACAUGGGCAGUCCAUCUGGCCCGCAAUGUGGAUGAGAGGCUAAGCCUUUCGGUACCGACGUGGGAGCGGCCCGCUUUGUGCUAGGAAUCUAGCGCGACCUGAAGGACCUGAAUAAAUUAUUUCAUACCAUACUAUACCAACCGCUUCAUUGCUCUCACGUCCGCUGUGUAUUAGAGUUAACGUAUAUGACUCCCUGCGCGAGCCAUAUACAGUAACUCUAGAGUGCAUUAUUACCUCGUUGUGAAUAUGGCGAUGCAUUGCUAGAGGAAAGUAGCCAGACGCGACUCCAUAAUGACGUAAUUAUUUCAGCGUUCUUGUCCUGUUACUAUACUCUAGCCUAAUAUACCGUAAGCUUUAUAGAGGUUUCAUGGGGAAGGCGCAGCUAAAAAUGUUUCUAGGAGUGGUCGAAUGAGUAGAACGUUUUUUUUUUUUUUUGCGAUCUUGAAAGUGUACUAAGGAUAGAAAACAAAGAUGUUUGGAAUGCUCGUGCAACAGCGCUUACAACCAUCAUCUUUGUUCGCAUGUUUUUGUUCCUUUUAAUAUUACCACCCUACUCAUGGCCAGUCCUCCGCAGAACGCUUUUACACCAUAGCACAAGAAAUCGCUAUCAUCAUCAUGAACAAACGAGACGCUGUUGCAACGAGUUGUUCCAGAAGGGAGGAAAAGAAAGAAGGACGCCAGCCUCUUUCAGCGGCUUUGCUGAGAACUCCUGUUGCUGGUUUCGCGGUUUUCUCAAGCUACGCUGUUAUUGACUAACCAUGAAGUUCCUAUUUAGCGCAAGGCGCUUCAGCCGCUCACCCCUGGCUCUGCUGGUCAUUUGCCUGCUAUGCGUGGCUGGAAUCGCCAUCAUGUCCAGAAAUCCGCCUGUGGCGCCACCUUUCUCGCACUACCCCAGUUCUCUCUGCGCCGGCAACAGCACGCAGGUCGUCUUGGCAAUCCGGACGCUGCCGCGACACGACGCCAUACGUCACGUGAUUCGGAACAGCAUAGCACACGGCGCCGUUCGUUUAGCGUUGCCUUCAUGGGCGUUUCUCUUCUACAUGGGCUUCGUCAGAAACUCGACAAGGAUGGACGCCGUGCGUGGAGAGAUACAGACCCAUGGCGACCUGCUCGUCUCCCCCUUCGAAUCCGCGGUCAACAACUCGGUAGAGAUCGUUCUGGACAUGAUGCGCUGGGUUGAGGAUCGCUGCGGGAAAGGACGCCCGCUGCGCCUCUUCGUCCACGUGAACGACACCGUGUUCGUCGACCCCAUAGCCCUCGAGGGAUACCUGCAUCAAAUGAACAGUACGGCGCCACGCCCCUCGUUUUACUGCAAACCGGUCAAAGGUGUCAACGUGGGACGUGACCCGAAAGGCGUCAACUUCGUGCCUCGAGACCUAUUCCGCGGUCCCGUUUUCCCACCUUACUGUGAGGGGGAAACCUUCUUCAUCAAUGGAUCGCAGCUUGGCCCGCUGUACGCGGCGUCUCUGUACGCCCUGCACUACACACUCCUGCCGCAGUACGUGACGGGACACAUGGCUGUCAUCGCUGACAUGGGUCACGUGAGCAUCGCCGAGCGUAUCGCCAGCGCCGGGAGUGGCGGGAAGUAUACGGGAAGAAAAGUAGGCAAGGCGAACCUCUUCAUUACGAACAUGUGGUUGAGCAUGUGGAAAGACACCUGGCUCUACUCGCUUUAUAACCAGACACGCCAGACGCACUUUGAGAAGAAACUGACAGAAAUAAUUGUUGAAGAGCUGCAUGCUGCCUCAAACUGACACUACGCGGGGUUCUUGUCCUCGGUGUAAGAAUAAAAAUAACAAAAGACUUUCGCCUGUUUCAACAACGCUGCUG